CGUCGGUGUGAGCCAAACAGCUCUCAUCCUUCCUGUACACCUCCCCUCACCCCUCCCCCCGUGGGAUGUUUUCAGGCACUCUCUCCUCAUCUGGCCUGGGCCUAUUUCUGAAAAUCUCCUUAAAACGGACCGCUUCGGUGAAAGCAAUUCCUAGCCUGCAGCACCCAGAAGUGAACAGAUGGCGACCCGGAAGGUCUGAAGUAACUCCGACUGAAGACAAGCAAAAAUAACCUUUUAUCAAAUAUAAUAAAAUCUACAAUCGAGGUGUCAGGUUCUAAAGGUCUUUUUUUAUCUGGAAAUAAACGCUGAUUUACGGAUAGAAUGAAGGACCAAAUGGCUGAACCUCGUUUUAAUAAUCCCUACUUCUGGCCUCCACCCCCCACCAUACCUGGGCAGAUGGAUAAUAUUGUGUUGAUCAACAAGAUCAAGGAACAGCUGAUGGCUGAGAAGAUCAGACCACCCCACCUGCCGCCUUCCACAGUUCCCUCCCCUCAGCAACGACUGGGGAAUCCUACACAGACAGGAGGUGGGCAGCAAGUCCAGAUGUCAGUUCAGAAACUGCAGCAGAUGCAACAAGGUCUCCAUGUCCACAGCUCGUCCCAGCCAGACAUUGCCCUGCACACCCGGACGGCCUCCAGCUCAGUCGCAGGACGUAUUCUUGGUGAUGUAAAUUUGAAUCUGGACGAUAAGACGGCUAUAAAAGCAAGAGGAUUGUGGGAAGACUGGCAUUUGCGUCAAAUCAUUGACCAACCCCCUAGAACGAAUCACCUAUCAGGUCUGGCACUUUCCUCUCGAACUGGCAACCAUAACACCUCCAUCACUCUGACCACACCCACCUCCAACAGCCAGAGCCGGCUAGGCGGAGCCCUCUCGCCUCAUCAUGUCCUCUCCAGCUUGGCCAGUGGCCCUGGGAUGGAGCCAAUCAAAAGUAACGGGGGCCUUGCUGGACUGCUGGGGCGAGGGCGUAAGAAGAUAAAAGCAGAGAACAGUGGUGGCCCUCUGUUGGUGGUGCCUUACCCGAUCCUCGCUUCAGGCAACGACCAAUCCUGCCACACCAUCAUCCCCAAAGAGGGCAAAUGCUACAGGUGUAAAUUGUGCCCACUGACCUUCUUCUCCAAGUCAGACAUGCAGAUGCACUCCAAGUCCCACACAGAGGUCAAGCCGCACAAGUGUCCCUACUGCUCCAAAUCUUUCACCAACGCAUCCUACCUGGCCCAGCACCUCCGCAUUCACCUGGGCGUCAAACCUUAUCACUGCUCUUACUGCGAGAAAUGCUUCCGCCAGCUCUCCCACCUGCAGCAGCACACAAGAAUUCACACUGGGGAUCGGCCCUAUAAAUGUGCCCAUCCAGGUUGUGAAAAAGCCUUCACCCAGCUCUCCAAUCUGCAGUCUCACCAGAGACAGCACAACAAAGACAAGCCCUACAAGUGUCCAAACUGCUACCGUGCCUACUCGGACUCAGCCUCAUUGCAGAUUCACUUGUCUGUGCAUGCCAUCAAAAACGCCAAGGCCUACUGCUGCAGCAUGUGUGGCAGAGCCUACACCUCAGAGACCUACCUUAUGAAGCACAUGUCUAAACACACGGUGGUGGAGCACCUGGUGAGCCAUCACUCUCCACAGAGGACAGGGUCUCCUAAUAUCCCCAUACGGAUAUCCCUCAUCUGAGCAAUUCACCUUGACACCCUACCCCUGACCCUCAUAGAGGAACCCCCUGUAAGGUCACCCCUCCACUUUAGUGUAAUCAAUCCUAGAUAUGGGCUUUUAUUUGUUUGUUUUCCCCUAUGCGGGUUCCAAAAAUGUGCCAGACUGUAUUUGUACCUUUUCAAAAGAUGCCAGACUCUUUUUAUUUAUUUUUUGUAUUUUGUGGUUGGGGAAUGUUUGGGACAUCCAAAAAUGAUUUUACAGCACUUUCAGGCCUCAUGGUAGAGUAAAAACCUUUUUGGCCUAUGCUAAGACAAUAAAAAGCAUUGCUCCAGGCAGCUAAAAACAUUCACCCUAGGUGUUAUAAAGCAUUAAAUUACCACUUUUUUAUAUUGUUAUUCUCCCUUUACUCUUUGCAAAAGUAUAUUUGCAUUGGGAACUUUUGUCUUCCUUUUAGUUAGGCCAAGAAGAUGAAUAGCUAAAUCAUUUAUUCAAGCAUUUUUUGUACCAAUCCUAAUGUCAAUGUUUGCAUCAUUUUGUUACUUAAAAAGAAAAUGUUCUCAAGUAAGCUUUAUCACAUUUAAGUAUGUCUUUUAGACAACAAUGCACACAAAAUACUUUCCAAUUGGAGGGUCAAUACAUAUGUGUUAUUGUUGUAGUUUUCAUCUUGUUAUUGUCCAUGGUAUUUAAAAGGAAACUGUUCAAGGCUAUCCUGAAGAGCACUAAAAUAUAUAUUUUGAAUCUGAUGCUGAUAUUUGUAGAAACUUCAAUGUUUUGGUUUGCUGAAUUGAUAAGCACUGCCAUGUAUUGAAGAAAUGAAAUGGUCCAUUAUGGAACUGACAUACAGUGCAUUCGGAAAUGAUUCAGACCCCUUCCCCUUUUCUACAUUUUGUUACGUUACAGCCUUUUCUAAAAUGGAUUAAAUCAAAUCUACACGCAAUACCCCAUAAUGACAAA